ACACGCAGCAGAAGGAGGGAGGGGCUGUCCGGGACAGCCAAUCAGAUGCUCGCUUCCAUCACGUGCCUGGCUCGCGGGGAGACAGGUGCAGUGUGAUUGGUGGCGGCGGGUAGCGCUCGGUGCCCCGGAGCAGUCCGGUAAUGUACUCCAUACUAGAGUACCGGGGUCUACGCGAUGAGGCGUCCUGCGGGUAUUGUCGUUCACGAGGGGGCAAAGCAUCUCACGGCAUGUGGGCACAUUCUCUGACUGUUCAAGAUUACCAAGACCUGAUAGACCGAGGAUGGAGACGGAGUGGGAAAUAUGUGUACAAGCCUCUGAUGAGCCAGACCUGCUGCCCACAAUACACUAUAAGGUUAUCUGCAUCAAAUUAUCUACCCAACAAAUCCCACAAAAAAGUUCUCAAAAAAAUGCUAAAGUUUCUUCAGGAUGGCGUAGUGUCUCAUUCCACAAGUGAUGGUAUUUCAGUAGAACCGAUGGACUCUCAGGCCCACAGCCCUGUGUCCUGCAAUGUUUUAUGCAGAGACGAGAGUGACGUUCCAGAGGAGGAGCUGAAACCACUUGGCACUGAGGUAGAAGACCCUGAGAAACAACAUGGAGAAAAGGAAAUGGAGGAAAAGACUAGUGACAAAAUACUCAAGGAACAUGUAGACUCUGAGGAAACCGCUAAAUUAAAGACAACUGUUCACUCAAUGCCAAAGCCAGGUAAAGGUGCUGAUGCAACAAGACCACCUUGUCGGAAAGCCAAAGACAUCCGUAAGGAACGCCGCCUGCAGAAAGUACUGCUUCAAAAGGGCGAUCAGAUGCCAUUGUCAGAGCAACCAGCUGUCCCCCCGACUGUAUCGAAGCCCAAAUCAAGUAGUGUCAAAUCUAUAGAGGAUUUCAUCUAUGAGUCAGACGCUGAAAAUGCAGCUCAUAGACUUGAGGUAAAACUUGUGAGGUCUUGUCCUCCCAGCUCCCAGUUCAAAGCAACAUUUCAAGAGUCUUACCAAGUAUAUAAGCGUUAUCAGAUGACCAUUCACCAGGACCCACCUGACAAGCCGACCGUAAGCCAGUUCACAAGGUUCCUUUGUGAUUCACCAUUGGAGCCGGAGACUCGGCCGGAUAGCAUCUCUUGUGGUUACGGCUCCUUUCACCAGCAGUACUGGCUUGAUGGAAAAAUCAUCGCUGUGGGAGUUAUUGACAUCCUCCCAUACUGUGUCUCAUCUGUGUACCUCUACUAUGACCCCGAUUUCUCCUUUCUGUCUCUUGGUGUAUACUCUGCCUUACGUGAGAUAGCUUUCACCCGAGAACUGCAAAAGAAGGCCACCGACUUGUGCUAUUACUACAUGGGCUUUUAUAUUUACACCUGUCCAAAGAUGAGAUACAAGGGUCAGUAUAAGCCAUCAGAGUUGCUUUGUCCAGAGAGCUAUACCUGGGUGCCUAUCGAGAAAUGUUUACCACUGCUUGAGUCCUCCAAGUACUCUCGGUUUAAUGGUAAUCCUAGAGAAGGGGACAACGACCAUUUGACCGAACUGAAUCGAGUUCGAGUAUUGCACAAACGUACCGUCAUGCCUUACAGUGUAUACAAGAAGAGACGUAAAGGGCCAAGCGAUGAGACUGUUGUCAAACAGUAUGCCACUUUAGUGGGUCAGACCUGUGCUGAACGCAUGCUGCUAUACCGCAGUUGAAAUUUCAGGAAUUUUGUCCCUCAGAUAUUAAGCUGUGGAGAAGACUGCAUGCCAAUAUUUUUUACCAAGUUCAAAAUCCAUCUGAAUGAUGGAAGAAGUGUGACUUAUUAUCGGCUCCUGCAUAUAUUAUGCACCCAGAGAAAUAUACCCCUUGCUAAAACAACACACUAUGCAGUUGACAGGAAGAGGCAGAAAUAAAAUGUAGUCGCCUCUUACCACUUACCACUCUGUUAUUUUAAAAACCAAACCUUUACGUGUUGCCGAGACAGGUCAGAAUAUAUAGUUUGUUGGUAUUUAAGAGACUGCACUUUAUAUAUGGCUUUGUGUAGUUCAGUAUCUGAUGUUCUUCAAGACUUGUGGAAGGUCUCUGUCAUCUCUGGUCCUGGAUCGUAAACCUGACUUUUAUGAAAAGUAGAUCUAUAGAAGAGUGAAAAUAUAUUGUACCUGAAAGGCAUUACCUAGGUAUGUAAUUGUUUUAACAUAUCAAAUGUCACCUUUAAACUAGUCUUGUGGACUCUUUUCAAGACCUUAUCCUAACUGCUGUCAAAGUAUGGCUGGGUCACUUGUCACCCUACGUGCCUCUUAACUGUAACCAUGUUUGGUAGACAAUGCAUGACCUUCACUGUGUAUACUCAAAACUUUAUACAGUCACUAUAAACCCCCACAACAGCUUAACUUUCUUCUCGUCAUGAAAAUCUGCCCUAUCAAGUAACCGAUGCCUGUUUACGGAGAAUAUACUUGGUGGUUUGGUGACGUCUAUAACAAAUCAGGAGGAGGCCAAAUAUUUCAUGUGUUCCUAUUCUGUUUACCUACUGUCAAGUUAACUCUUGUUAGAUUUUUUUCUGUUAUGUGGUUAGAAGAACAUUGGAUAUGUGUUUCUUUUUUCCACAAUAAAAAAAAAAAUAUAUAUAUAUUCCAAAUCCUUUUAUUUUAAUGAAUAUUCUUGCAGUUGGCCAUAUCCCUGUUUUGAUCCCAGAACAGUUGCUAUUUUGCAAUGAAAAGUUAUUAAAACAUCUAAUAUCUAUAUGUGACAAUGUGAUACUAAAGGAGUGUAAAAAUACAAACAGUGCUCCUUAAAAUUACCGCUUCCAAUAGAGAAAACACACUAGAGUUACCAAAAAUUAUUUCUCACUCGACAAAGUUCUUCUCCAAAACAGGUACAACUUUGUAAAGACAUCAGCUACUUGACCAUGUUGGUGGUGGAGGGGGCGUAUUGUAGUAAAUAACCAAAAGAGAAGAAAAUAUUAUUGCAGGCACAGGCCCAUUUUCUUAACAUUUGUAUAAUUCACUAUAUUCUAGUAAUGCGUUUUAAAGGAUCAAACGGACAUUUUUCAGAAACUGUGAAAUUGGAUCAUAUACAUAUGUACUUGGAUUAUUGUUUAGCGCAACUAAUUGUAAAGUUAUUUAAACUAAGCAUCGUCCACCAACAAAUAGGUCUAUGGCCACCUUAACCCAUUUGUUAACGACCAUUCUGUUACGGUUUUUAAUAUAUUAUCAGUGUGCCAAAUUGCAUAUAUUGUACAGGAAGAGGAAUGCUCUGCCUGAAGAGAAGUACCUGAGCAACCAAACACUGAGGCAAGCAAGGGAAAACAGGUUUUAUCAAAUUUGGCAGGAAAUUUCAACAAUUUAUGCAAAGGAAUAUUACUUAUUGACUUAUUUCCUGUGGGAAUGAG